UGGUGGAGUCUGCUUUCGUACCAUUUUGGUCAUAAUAAUAAACGUUACGACCAAAAAUAAAAUAAAAAAAAUUAAAUGCACAAAGACAAAUCGGAAAUAAUGAAAAAAGUGUACAAAGUAAAGAAACAGUAACAUCUUUACACCAAUCACACAAAUAACGUAAUCAAAACAAAUGAUCUCACUUUAAAAUAAAGGAAGAAAACUUUGGCAAACAUUCUUCGGACGAGAGACGACCGCCGUCGCCGGGAAGUGACGUCACCAAAAGCUGGUGUCAAUGGGUGCCACAGACCCCGCGGUGGAAGAGAGAGAAAACAAAGGAGAGAAGUUAGGGAGAGAGAGGGAAGAAACAGAGGAGAAGCAAAGAGAAGUAAAGUCUGUGGAGGAGGAAGAAGAAGAAUCAAAGGAUAAAGAUGAAGUCAACCAUCACAGAUUUUUGGCGAGCUUGAACAGAUUGAACCCAACAAACCCUCUUAGGAUCAUUUUUAACAAUGGCGGCGGCUCUAGAUUCACUACGCCGUCUCCCAAUCUCGCCCAGCCACUCCGAUCUUCCUCAAGAGCUCCUCCGCCGAUGCAGACGCCUCCCACUCGCGCGCAACCGCCUGAAGAGCCUCAGCCUCCGCCUUCUCCCUCUCCGUCGUCGCCGCCGCCGCCGCGUCAACAUCAAUCUCGUUCCCUCUUCACUCCAACCCCUCAGGAAACUUUGGCAUCACUGAAUUCAACAAAGUACACAAACAAGUUCUUUCUGCUGCUCUUCGUUCUUCACAAGGUUGUGGCUAUUGGGUUUGUAUGCUUCCUUGUCUUCAGAGGCGUCCAAGGUCUAAUCGGAUCCAAUGGUAGCGUCAAAAGGAAAGAGCAAAAGAUCCUCAAAUUCCUACUUCCACAAGUCGAAGCUGCAUCUCUGUUGAGCAUCAUACUCGCAUUCUCCUGGCAAAUGGCAUUUCGGAUUUGGCCUGAUUUCAUGAUCCACUUCAUACUCUGGAGCACCUUUUUGAUGUCUCUGUCCUCAGGAAUCCUCUUACUUUGUUUCCAGAUGCCAGCAACCGAUGCUGUUGGGGUCUGCCUGAUCGCGUUCUCCAUCGGCAAUGGUUUAUAUGCUUGCUGGGUCACUCGCAGGAUCAAGUUCUGUUCCAAGAUACUGGUCAAGUCCUUAGAACCCGUUUCCAAGUUCUCGGAUCUGAAUCUACCAACCUACUACAUGCUAGCUGCUGGUUUCCUCUGGAUGUCUCUUUGGAUCUUCGGUGUCAUCGGUGCAUUGAACUUCUAUUUUCCGCCGCUAGUGAUUAUUGCUUUGGUGCUGAGCUUGGCUUGGACGACGGAAGUGAUGAGGAAUGUUGUUAACCUAACAGUGAGUAGGGUCGUUGCUUUGUUCUAUCUUAGAGGGAUGCAGUCUAGCACCAGGUUUAGUUUCCAAAGAGCCUUGUCUCGUAAUCUCGGGAGCGCGUGUUUAGGAUCUCUGUUUGUUCCAACGAUCGAAGCACUUAGGAUCUUGGCAAGAGGAUUGAAUUUGCUCAAGGGUGAAGAUGAGUUCAUGUUUUGCUGUGCUAAUUGCUGUCUCAAACUCAUGACCUUCAUAUUCGAGCACGGCAAUGGCUGGGCCUUUGUGCAGAUAGCAGCGUAUGGGAAAGGAUUUGUGAGGGCGUCGCAAGACACGUGGAAGCUGUUUGAGGCUGCAGAUAUGGUUGAGAUAGUAGAUGCAGACAUAACAAGCUCCAUCUGCUUCCUCACAGGCAUCUGCAGUGGCUGCGUCUGUGUUAUUGUCGCAGCCGCUUGGACUCACACAGUUUACAAACCUUUUACAGCCACCAUCUCCUUGCUUGCCUUCUUCAUUGGAUACCUCAUGACGAGGAUCUCAAUGGCACUGCCUCACGCCUGCGUAAGUUGCUACUACGCAUGCUAUGCAGAAAAUCAGGAAAGCAGAUUCUUUGACAAAACCAUAAAAGAUAGGCAAGCUUUGAUCAGAAAUGGCCGUGUUGUUGUCGCCACCACCCCUAGAGUCCGCCGUUUUCUAGCCGAGCCGGCCCAGCCUGCUUAAUCUCUGUUUUUCCUUCUUGAGAUGGCUACUAGGUGUUCAGCUUUUCAGAGAUGAAAAUAGCUAGUCUUUAAAAAUUUGAAAGUUAAUUUAGUCACAGAAAGAGUGAAGUGUCGAUAUCAGUGGGGGUGGAGAAAGAAAGAAUGUGGAUAGACAAGCUCAUGAAUGACAUGGACACAAUCCAACUAAUUAGCCAAAAGCCAAGUUGGUUGAGCUUUUUUCUUCUUUUUUUGCUUUUCUUUGUUGUUGGUGAGACCCCUCCAUGUACAUAUUUUUUUCUUCAUUAUUUAUUCGUUCCUUUCUGUACACAGGUAUAUUCCUUUCUCGAUUUUGGAAAGUUGUUGAUUUUUAUAUCUUUUAUUUUGAUAUAGGUUAUUAUUUAAUAAGAUUAGGACAUGCGUCUGCGUGG